AUGGAAAGUAAGAGGCUUGCGAGAGCAGCAGCAGCAAUGGUCGUCAUUCUCCUCGGCUUGUUGACGUUGAACGAUGUAGCAGACGGCACCAGCGACGUCUGCAAGACUGUGCAAUCAUAUGGCUACCAGUGCAGUGAUAACGAGGUAACAACGCAGGAUGGGUAUGUGCUGGGCCUGCAGAGGAUCGCUAGCAACACAACUAGCGAGAAGAAACAACCACCCGUCCUUCUGCAACACGGCCUCCUUGUGGAUGGGAUGAUAUGGGUGCUGAGCAAACAGGGUCUGGCCUUGGCCUUGUCUGAUGCAGGAUUUGAGGCAUGGAUCGUCCAUUCACGCGGAACCAAAUCCAGCAGACGUCACACAUCCCUCAAUGCUGAUACUAACCAGAGCUACUGGGCAUGGACAUGGGUAGAAUUCGCAGAAUUUGAUAUUCCUGCAACUGUUGAUUUUAUAUACAAUACCACCGGGCAAAGGGUGCAUCUUGUUGGCCACUCGUUGGGUGCUCUGACCAUCUUGGCUUCCUUAUCUCAAGGCAAGUUGGUAGACAAGACUGGUGCUGUUGGUCUCUUGGCCCCUGUUGCUUACAUGAGGCAUGUCACUUCUCCACUGCUCCUAUACGGCGCCAACUUCUAUGCUGAUAAACUCCUUGUUUCGUUGGGAGGUGCCGAGUUGCUCCCACAUAGUGGCGCAGUAGAUUUUGUCCUCAAAACUGUCUGCUCUUUUGGCCUGAACUGUAGCGAUCUUAUGUCUAUUUUGACUGGAAAUAAUUGUUGCCUCGACUCAGCCGAAAUGAAGAAUUUCCUGACUUACGAACCACAAUCAACUUCGAAAAGGGCCGUGAUGCACGUAGCACAGAUGGUUCGAAGCGGAACAAUCGCCAAGCAUGACUAUGGCAGUGCCUCCACCAACAAUCAGAUGUAUGGUCAAUCCACGCCACCGGUUUAUGAUCUGUCCAGUGUUCCCGUCGAUGUUCCUCUGUUCAUCUCACGCGGAGAAGCCGAUUCACUUACAGACGUUCAAGAUUUCAACUCCCUGGUCAGUUCACUUGGGAAUCACCAGCAGAGCAAGCUCACAGUUCAUUCAAUUCCCGAAUACGCACAUGCAGAUUUUGUGAUGGGAUCCAAUGCUGGACAAUUGCUUCAUCCACCUCUCAUUGCGUUCCUUAGCAACAGCACCAACUAGUUCAUGUUUUUUUUUUCCUUCUUUUUUUCAUGCUCCCUAAGAAGUAUCAACUUAAUUAUAUCUGUUAAGGGACUAGGGUUCCUUGUUAGCGUCGGGAUGUAACCCAAACAACAAGGGAAAUUAAAAACUUUAGGGGAUUCUUUCUGUAGUUAUGACGCAAGAGAGGAGCAACCAGAUUUAUUUUCAUAUAUUGGAUUUUCAUUUGUCAUUCUCUUUUGUUUGGUUCCAA